UCCGCAGCUUUAAAAAGUUUCAGGUUCUGUUCAUCUUUGAUGGUCUGGAUGAAAGUCGACUUCCUCUGGACUUCAAGAAGAAUCCUGUCCUGACUAACCAUUCAAAGUCCACCUCACUGGAUGUUCGGCUGACAAACCUCAUCACAGGAAAACUGCUUCCCUCUGCUCUCCUCUGGAUAACCACAUGACCUGCAGCAGCCAGUUUGAUCCCAGAUAAAUCUAUUGACAGGGCCAUAGAGGUCAGAGGGUUCACUGACCCCCAGAAGGAGGAGAUUCAGAGAUGAAGAGGAGAAGGCCAGGAGGGUCACCUCCCACAUCCAGAAAUCAAAAAGUCUCCACAUCAUGUGCUACAUCCCAGUUUUCUGCUGGAUCACUGCUAAAGUUCUGGAGGAAAUGAAGACCAGAGAGGGAGGAGAGCUGCCCAAGACCCUGACUGAGAUGUAUAUAGAGUUCCUGCUGCUUCAGUUCACAGUCAAGGAGGAAAAGUAUGAAGAAGGAGCUGAAGAAGCUCUAGAGAACAAGAAGCUGAUUGAGUCUCUAGGUAGUCUGGCUUUAGAUCAGCUGCUGGAGGGAAACCUGAUCUUCUAUGACAAAGACCUCAAACGGUGCGGCAUCAACAUCAAAGAUGCUGCCUUGUUCUCAGGAGUUUUCACUCAGAUGUUUAAAAAGGCUGGGUCAUUAGUCCAUCUGUCUGAAGAUCUGACCAAUGGGAGGAGAGGAGAGAAACAGCAGCUUCCUGAUAAUCCAGAGAGAUUUGAUUGUUACUACUCUGUUCUGAGUUCUGAGGGUUUUAACUCAGGGAUCCACAGCUGGGAUGUUGAUGUUGGAGACAGUGAAGAAUGGAGACUUGGUGUGAUAGAAGAGUCUGUUCAGAGGAAGGGAUUCAUAGAGUCUGGAUGGUUGGUUAUAUGGUUCUCUUCAGGUCAAUACUCAGCAUUUUCUCCUCCAGCUCCUUCCACUCGUCUCUCAGUCCAGAAGAAUCUCCAGAGGAUCAGAGUGAAUCUGGACUGGGACAGAGGAAAACUGUCCUUCUCUGAUCUGGAUACUAACACACACAUACACACCUUCACUCACAAGAUGUUUCCAUUCUUUGACACUAAUAAAACAUUAAAGAUCAUACCGAUGAAGAUCUCAGUGAUGAAGCAGCAGCUCUGAUGAUCUCAGCAUGAAGAACAAAGUCCAGAUAAAAACUUAUUGAUCA